AUGAAUGAUGAACUGCAUAUUCCUCAAACUGCGAAUGAUCGAAAGCCAGAAAUUGGAAUGAAAUUUGCAUCAAUAGAUGAUGCGUUUGAAUUCUACAACCAAUAUGCACGUGAAGCUGGUUUUAGUGCAAGAAUAAGCAAUAGCAAAAAGAAUAAGAUGACAAAUGAAGUUGUUUGGAAACAAUUUGUAUGCUUUAAAGCUGGCCAAACUGAUGAAGCCCGCUCAAAAAAUCGAGCAUCGUCGAGUGGUGGCCCGAUCAAGAAAAGAGCUCGUGGUGAAGUUAGAACUGAUUGUAAGGCAAAGAUCUCCAUUGUCAAACAACAAACUGGACCCUAUUGGAGUAUUAGCUUAUUCACUGAAGGUCAUAAUCAUGACCUUUCUACUCCUUCAAAGGUGCAUUUACUCCGUUCACACCGUAGUGUCUCUGCUGCGAAGAGAGUGUUGACACAACAAUUUUCAGAAGCUAAUAUACCGACUUGUCAGCAAAUGCAACUAAUGGAGAUAGAGCAUGGGGGGCCUGAAAGUGUAGGUUGCACUGAAAGAGAUAUCAGGAAUCUCGAGAGAGAUAUGAGGGAUGAACAGAAGGGGAUCGAUGCCGAAACUUUGGUAGAAUUCUUCACAUCUGAAAAGGAGAAAAAUUCAUCAUUUUUCUUUGACUAUGAGAUAGAUUCAGAUAAUAGGUUCAAAAGAUGUUUUUGGGCAGAUCAUAAAUCAAGAAGUGCUUAUAGUAUAUUCGGUGAUGUUGUUGUUUUUGAUUCUACCUAUAAUACUAAUAAGUACGGAAUGAUUUUUACACCGUUCGUAGGAGUAAAUCAUCAUCAUCAAACAAUUGUUUUUGGCUGUGGAUUUCUAAGUGACGAGAAGACCGAAUCAUAUUUGUGGCUGCUUAAUAAGUUCAUGGAAGCUAUGCCAACAGGUGCACCGAAAGCAAUCAUCACUGAUCAAGAUCCUUCUAUGACGAAAGCACUUGCACAAGUUUUGCCGCAAACAGUACACCGUUAUUGUUUGUGGCACAUAUUGAAUAAAUUUCCGGACAAGAUUUCAGCAGUGACUUUCCGAGAGCAUUAUCAGAGCAUAAAAAAUGUUAUAAAAAAUUCUACUUCUCCUGAGGAAUUCGAGCAUGGUUGGAAAGAUGUUAUUAGAUCUGCUAACUUAGAGCAAAAUAGUUGGAUCUUGUUGAUGUAUGAAUUGCGGCAUAAGUGGGUUCCGGCAUACUUUAGUCAUGUAUUUUUUGCUGGGAUGUCAAGUAGUCAGAGAUCUGAGAGUUCACAUUCAUUUUUCAAAAAGUAUGUCUCUCACAAGAACUCAUUGAUGGAUUUUAUCACUCGAUUCAACCGAGCACUAAGACACCAAAGACAUAAUGAGUUAGUUGCUGAUCAUAUUGACAUGAAUGAGCAUCCCAAAAUCAAAACAAAUUGGCCGAUGGAAACGCAAAUGGUUAAAGUGUACACGAAGAAAAAAUGGACGGAGUUUCAAGAUGAAAUGAGUCAAAGUCAUGGUUACUUUGUGGAGCAUACCACUACAAGAGAUGAUAUCAUGAUUUACAAUGUGGUAAGUUUUCAAAGUUCCUCCUCAAAACCAAGGCAACUCAUGCAUGAUAGACAAAGAGAUCAUAUAUCUUGUAGUUGUGGAAAAUUCGAGUUUGAUGGCAUUCCGUGCAGACACAUGCUAGCUUUCUUCCGCAUUAGCCAAAUAUUUGAACUACCUGAGAAGUAUAUACUCAAAAGAUGGACGCAAGAAGCAAAGAUUGGUGUUGUUUAUGCACUAGAUGAUGAAAAUACCAAUGAUGAUCCAACAAGACUUUUGAUGACACGACGCUCCAAAUUAUCCUAUAAGGCUUCAAUAUUGAUUGAUUAUGCAUCUUUGAGUGAUGAGGGGACAAAGUUUUUGAAUGAACAACUUGAUUCCUUACAUGGCAAAAUCAAAGAGAUGGGUGCUAGUUCAACCACUGUGCCCAGUAGUCAAACAAGGAAGAACUCAGAUAAACCCAGAAAUAUUGGCGAUCCUUCUAAUAUAAGAACAAAGGGAUGCGGUAAAAGAAUGUUAUCGUCAAAAGAGAAGUCAACUUCAAAGGCUAGAGCUUGUCAUGGAUGUGGACUAAGUGGAGUAUCACAUGACAAACGUAAUUGUCCAAAAUUGCAUGACUGGUACGUGAAUAUAUCAUUAGUCGUACACAGUGGUUACGGCGGCAAUGGUUUUGCAAACGAAAAAGACUAA